GUCAGCAAGGCGGGGCCAACAGAGGGCGGGACUGAAGGGACUAUGGCGAAGGAGUCGAAUUCCGAAGGAGUUAAUUCGCCGGAGGAGCGACUGUGGCACUGGAGUUUGCUUCCUCACUUCCCCAAAACUUCAAGAGGAAGUCCUCUGUUGAGCAGAGACAUUAAAAUUCUAACCACCAUAGCUAAUUCGGAUCAUAAACAACCAAAUGAAUGGGAGCAACUGUGGCCUUGGCAAGUCCAGAAACAUAGGUUACACAUGAGGAUAAUUUGCUAAGACAUCAAGCUAUGCAGAAAAACUCCAAGAGGAACCAUAAUUCAAGAAUUUCUGGCAUAGAAUUGAAUUCUGUGGAUGCUGAGAAGGAAAAAAAAAAGAGUCAAAAUAACUUUGUUGAACUGCUACCUCCAGAAGUUACUUUUAAAAUUUUCAGUCAGCUAGACAUUGGGAGUCUGUGCAGGGCUUCACUAACCUGCAAGAGCUGGAAUAACAUAGUAAGAAACAGUGACUCCUUGCGGAAACCUCAUUGCUUGACUCUAGGAGCUGUAUGCCAAAGAGAAAUAGACGAUGAUCUAGAAAGUGGAUACUCCUGGAGAAUAAGUUUAGUCUUUGUAGUCUGUAGUGUUUUUGACAAUGUGGUGGUAGGCCAACUCCACCUUCUGCAUGAGGAGGUAAUACUACUGAGGAAUUACCAGAAGAGUAAAGUGAAACACGAAUGGCUAAGUGGCAGAUACAGCAACAUAGGUUCUCCUCUGAGCCUACCAGAAAAAAUGAUGUACCCAAUGGAUGUAGAUACGUGGGGGGAAAUUCUAGAAGCAGAACUGGAAAGAUAAGCUGAAAAAUUAUCAAGAUCUUAUAACUUUGAGACUUUGAAACUAAAAUGACUCUUAGGUUCAUUUUGUUGUUGUUGUUUACCAUUUUAAUGUUUAACAUUUAGAAGAAAACUAAGUAGAAAAUAAUGAAAGUCAAACUUUGUUUUUAUUCUGCACUUUCAUAAAAAUUUUUCUGGUUUUAUUGUAAGGUGGAAAAAAUCAUGAAAUGUCUAUGUAGGAAAUACUAUACUGAUGGAGUGAUUUCAAAAUGUGUUGCUUCAUGUAUUUAUAACAGCAUAUUGCACUACUUUAAUGAUGAGAGUUUGAUUCGUAUUUUCUACUGAAUAGUAAUUCAAAAAUUCAGGAAACCAUUUGAAGAAACUGAUUAGAGAUUCAUUCAGUAGUAGACCUAAUUAGGCUCAUAACAGGAAGUAGACCACUAGGAAGACUAUCUAAAUGAAAUUAAUCACAAUAUGUUUAAAUGUAAAGUAUAAUUUAUAUUUCAAUAACUUUAAAAUGUCCAUUUCAGUGGAAUCAGAUUGAAUUGUCAAACACUGAGCCCAUCUUAAAAUGUGUUAAACUUGAGGUUUAGUUUAAAAUUAACCUGAAGGCUAAAGCUUGUGAGAGUAAGAUUCCCAUCACUUGCCUACUGACCUAGAACUGCUCUCAGGGACAUACGGAAAGUUUCCAGAACACUUGAACUGCCAGUUUUUCUUGGCAAAAGCUUUCUUUCUAACAACCUUUUAGCACCAUCUAGUGUACUGCUGGUAGAUAACCAAGAAAAAGGACUUCAGGUCCUUUUUGUUUUCCUCACAUUUCAAAGAAAAAAUAUAUGUAUUAUUUUAGAGAACCCCAUAUACCUGACUUGUUGGAGUUUAUACCUCUCCAGGAACCUUCAGUUUAACUUUUGUUCUCUUUUUCUUAAAAGUAGAUUGUAUGGUACUUACUAUACCAGAUUGUUCAUUCUGAAUCUGUGGUUAGCACCAUGGUUUAAAAAAAAAAAAAAAAAAAGUAUCUACAAAACAUUUUGGUUAGUAUAGCAUUUUCUUUUUAAUUGUGCUCCAUAGCACAAAAAAGAAGAAUCCAGGGAAGCUAUAUUUUAAAAAGACACACAGUAUCAGAAGGAUGCCUCACUCUAUACAAAUGCCCCUUGUUGGAUCAAGCAGGUGAGGAUCAACUAGAAGGGGCCUUGAAGACCAGGCAGUGCCGUCUUUAAGACUAAUUAACAAUCCCUUCUAGAGAAAUUCCUCCCACCUCCCACACACCCAACUCUCUUCUUGGCAAACUUUCUUGUAAAACUUACCCUCUUUACCUGGAAACCAUCCCUAGAUUGUACCAUUCUGGAUUAAGUGACCUUAAAUAGAGUUCCCAUAGUUCUGUGUACAUACCACUCUUAAAGCUGUCUACUACAUUAAAUUGUCUGUUUUAUUUGUCUGUCUCCCCCUUUAGACUGUGAGCUUCUUGAAGGCAGGGACCAUUUAUUUAUUGUUAUAUUCCCCAAACCUGGAAUAUAGUAGGUAUUCCACAAAGAUUUGUUAAAUUAUUUCUAUAUUAUUUAUUUUAAUCCUUCCCAGAUUGUAUAAUAAAAAUAAUUUGCUAUAUUAUUAGCAGACAACACUGUACUGAAAUGCAACGUACAACCCAUAAGAUAGAUGGGUUGCUUACUAUUAAUGCAAAUACAUGAAUAAUUGUUUUAGUCUUCUCAAAAGCUGUAAGAGAGAAACAGGGAAAUAGAAAUGUUUUGUUUUAUGUUCUGGAAUAAAUAUUUGAAAAUAAA